AUGUCAGAACAAAUUUACACUCAUCAAACCAACAAAGGCCAUUCGGGGCCGACAGGUUUCAUGUAUGCUACUAAGAAUACAGAUACUUCGUGGACUUAUUUUCAACAAUCUUCGGAUUCCAAUAAUCAAAAUCAAUUUACAACGUAUAGUUCUCCAACAUAUAAUUUGGAUUCCAACAAUCAAAACUUUUUCCCAACAUUUAGUUCGGGUUUGGAUUCCAGCAAUCAAAAUUUAUUUCCAACAUAUAGCAACAACUAUGAUGACCUUUUUAAUUCAAGUGAAAUCGACCUAGCUUUAUGGUCAAACGAUCCCCCCGCUAUUCCGCCAAGACCUCUAAGCGUUGAUCAGCAAAACAUUCAAGCAAUAAAUUCUGCUACUAGUCCUAGUGUUCACCAUGCUGUUGGUAUAAACCCUGUCGACGGUCGAUCAUCAAAAAUCGGAAAUGGAAAUACUUUAAUAGAGUUUCAAGAAUCUAGUGGACUUAUUACAAAAGAAGAUGUUCCACCUGCAGAUGAAACCACUAAUACUCCGUUAAACAAUAGUUUACCCGUUUCGGAAGAUUAUUCAGAUAUAAGUAGUUACCCCGAAAUUUCUAACACAGAUACUGAUCAAAAAACAGAAGAACAAAUUGACCAACCGUUAAAUAUUGGGCUUAGUAAACUUACCAGAAAAAAAAUAAGUCCUUUGCAGUUAAAAAAAAAUCGGAAAAGGUAUUCUAAAGAUAAAUCAUUAGAACUAAUCUCACCAACUAGUUCUUCAUCUGUUCUAUCACCAAACACUACAUCUUCUCCCGCUCUAUCUCCAAAAAUUAUUCCUUCUCCCGCGUUGUCUCCGAAUAUUGUUACUUCUUCCAUUCCCUCACCACAAAUUAUUACUUCUCCUACUCCCUCACCAAAAGUUAUACCUUCUUCACCCUUAUCCUCACCGAAAAUUCCUUCAUCUUCUGUAACAUCUUUACUAAAUAAUGCACAACCAAAUGUUGGUUAUUCUUUUUCAGAAACACAUCUUCCCUCCGUGAAUUCUUCACAAAACAAUCAGUCUACGAGUAGACCUACUACUCCUUUAUUAAUGCCAAUUAAUGAUAGGCAGUCCUUUAGUACUCCUUCUUCACCUUUAUUAUCACCAAAAAGUUUUCAAGAAGAUUCUCAUAAAAGACCUAACAGUUUCACCCAAGAAAACUGGGCAUAUACAACCUAUGAUAACAGUACUAUGAGAAAUUCUCAAUCCACUUUUAAUACUUUUAAUUCUAAUAGUAGUUCUGAAAAUCAUGUCAAUCAUUUACCAAAAUCACCUCUUGAGGAUAUGAACUAUUCAAAUAGUUCUUUUGAUCAACUUGACUAUUCAUAUAAUCGUCGUCCUAGUCAUUCUUCAAAUUUUACAAAUCCCUCUUCUCUUUCUACUUUUACGAGUGCUACUAAUAAAAAGCAUUCAAGGCAUAAACCACAGAAAUCUCUUGGAAAGUUGCCUAAUAUGUUUAAAAAGUCAUCAAAGGACUAUCAUCCUAAUUAUCAAAAAGCUCUUCAAGCGUUAGAAGACUUACAAUAUAAUGAAGCUAUCUUUUUAUUUUCACAAAUUUUAAGAGACUAUCCUCACAGUUAUUCGGUUAGAUGUGAUCGAGCUUAUGCUGAAUAUCAACUUGAAGAUUGGGAUGGUGCUAUUAAUGAUUUAAAUUACGCUAUUUCAAAGAAACCUAAAAAGGCCCGUGCAUACUCUCUUCGAGGUGAAGUAUACCGUCUAAGAUCUAUAUAUGAUAAAGCUUUGAUGGAUCUUAAUAGAUCAUUAAAAAUACAAAAGAGUAUUUUUGCAUUAAGAUCGCGUGCCGAAGUUUAUAGUGCAACUCAACAAUACAGAGAAUCUAUUUUGGAUCUAGAUUUAGCUUUAGAGAUAGAACCACAAAAUGUAUUUACCUUAGUACAUAAUAUAAUGGCAUUAGAACGAAGAGGAUUGGUUUAUAGAUCUUUAGAUAAAGAUCAUGAUGCUUUAUCAGAUUUUGAUAGGAUUUUACAAAAAGAACCACGAAAUUUUAAUGCUCAUAAAAGUAAAGCAGAAAUUCUUACAAAAAUGGAAAAAUAUGAAGAAGCACUUACACAUAUGAGCAUUGCUUUACAAAUAGAACCCUUUGAUUUUAACUUAUUAAAAAAUCAGGGUGCAGCUUAUCACUCACUUGGUUAUUAUGAUGAUGCCAUAAAAGAUUAUACAGCGGCAUUGAGAAUUGAUCCUAAUGAUGUAGAAAUACUUCGAAAAAGAGGAGAAAUUUAUCGAUUGCUUCAAGACUUUGAAAAAGCUUUAAAUGAUUUUUCAAGAGCUAUAGAGGUUGACCCUAAAUGCGUAUAUGCAUUAGCUCGACGUGGAGAAGUCUAUCGAAUGACAAAACAAGGAGCGGUUUAUCGAGCCCAAAAAUCAAAUACGAAAGCGUUAUUAGAUUUAGAUCGAGCUUUAGAAAACGUAAAAGAUAGAGCUUUUAAUAUUGACCACGAAACUAAAGCGCUAUGCAAUCGAGGGGCAGUUUAUAAUACACUAGGAAAGUAUAAUGAGGCUUUAGCCGAUUUGAGUAAGGUUCUAUUAAGAGAGCCGAACAAUGUACUUGCGUUAUGUGAACGAAGUGCGGUUUAUGAAGCUUUAGGAAAAAAAGAGAAAGCAUUAUUGGACAUUGAUAAAGCAUUAACGCUGGCUCCUGACAACGAACAAGUUAUUAACCAACAAAAAAAACUUAAGAAUUCAUAA